UAGAAAUAAUAUUAGAAUUUUAAAGAUGGGUGAGCAGCUGGGACCAGAUCCUGGAGAAAUGAGCUCUGAAAGUGAGCCAAUAAACGUAAAGGUAUCCUCUGGAGGCCAGAUAUAUAACGACCUUGGGAUUUGGGACCAAUUUUUGAAUGGUUGGGGGUACAUUUCACGUUACGGCUGGUUCAUUCUAUUGGGACUAAUAGUACUGCUCUAUGUGUGGUACAAGCUAAGGCCCAGUGUACAGGAAUGGCAAAGGAAACAGAAAGAAAGACAAGAGGAAAGAAACUUUGAUCCAGUAAAAGCUGAGAAGUAUCAAGACGCUAUGCUACAAGCACGUGAGAGGAUGCAAAGAAAACUAGAUGAAGAUGCAGCUGUUCGUGCAAAGAAAAUAGAAGAAAGAGAAGCCAAGAAAAGAGAUGAGAAGAUAGAGCAAUGGGAGACGUUUAAAGUUGUAGCAAAAUCAAAAACUAAAAAGAAAGCUGAGAAAAGUUAUGAUUCAAAUUACCUUCCGCUUGGAGGAGGAGGGGGAAGGGGAGGAGGUUUCAGACCAAGUAGUAGGAGACAAGUUGGAGGUGGUGGAUGAGGUUAAGCAUCACACGUUAUUGCUAUGGUAACCAUUGCCAUGGCAAAACGUGUGAGUCAGGACAGAACAUUUUGACUUCUAUCCCAACCUGCAGCACCUUACCAGUUACUGGGAGAGUGUAAUGAAGAUACCUUCUUAAAACUGGGCACAGUUGGAAGGUGUCUGAUGAUGCAGGUGGAUAGGGUCGUCCUUAUCUUAUAAUUAUUGCUUCAUUUCUGAUUUCUCUGUUAUUUAUACAUGCAUCAUAAUUAUUAUUAAUGGAUUAAUAAUAAUGAAUAAUUAAUGAGAUCAAAAGCCACUCCUUUCAAUUAAGGAGGUGUGGUUUUGUAA